ACGGCCGGGUGACCACGCGCUCCCACGGCUCGGUGACCACGGCUCGGUGACCACGGCUCGGUGACCACGGCUCGGAGACAGAGCGGCGAUGACGGCGCUGUGGCGGAAGGCAUCGGACUACGUGAAGACCAAGGAGUUUCGGGAUUAUGUGACCAGCACACACUUGUGGGGUCCCCUAGCCAACUGGGGCCUGCCGCUGGCUGCCUUUAGGGACAUGAAGGCGUCCCCGGACAUCAUCAGCGGCCGCAUGACCACGGCGCUCAUCUUCUACUCGCUGGCCUUCAUGCGCUUCGCUUACCGCGUGCAGCCCCGCAACCUGCUGCUGAUGGCCUGCCACGGCACCAACGUGGUGGCGCAGAGCGUGCAGGGCAGCCGCCUGCUCAUCCACCGCUUCGGCGGCGGCCUGAAGGCGGCCGCUGACACCGACGCCGCCACCCACACCGACAGCGACACCGCCGAGUGCGAGUGCCAGUACGACUGCGACCCUGGGGAUGGCAGCUGCUUCUAGGUGGCCGCCGGCCCCACCUGCAGGCCCCGAAAUGAGGUUCCUGAAGGCUGAGACGGCCCUAUCGAAGCUUUGCAGCUUGCCAGCUCUGAACUGUUCUUUUUCCGAAAGACGAAUAAAAGUUCGGGUUUGACUCUAA